AUGGGAAUAAAUCAUAAAAUGUCACGUGUGGCCUUCUUAAAGGUAUCAUUGAAAUUUGAAGUCUGCGAGAAGACAGCUUAAAUAAGUAACUGUUUUCAAGGUGGAAAGAUGUGAAUAUCCCUCUUAUUGUGAUAUCUCCUAAUAUGGUGCUGGACUUCCUGCGGUCUCUGACAUCCACAACUGGUAUUGAAUAGGUCCAUACAACAAGUGAGAUCCAUCGAUUUUUUGAAUCAACUCCACGACCUAACCGUAUAACAGGAGAGUCAUGUUAAAAGAUUAACAAAAAGGUAUUUACUUAUUAAUUUCAUAUGUACUUAGUCCAACGUCGCGCUCUUUACGUAUAACACAAGUAAUCCUACAUUUUGCUUUAUUAUGUCGUUGAGGUCUGUGUCAUUUGUGUUUAAUAAGUGGGGCUUAAAACCAAAGUUAUCAAAAAAAUAUACAAUAAAACUAAGUAGCGUUAGUCUUCAACGUAAACAGUCUCCUAACUCAUGCAGUUCGAAAAUAUUAAAGUGUACUAUACAAGAGAAUGUCAGACAAUAAGUGUUUACUCCAUAUUCGUCUAAAAUAAUCAAAUAUAUACUAGUGACCGUCCUUCAAUAUUUUCGAAAACUUGUUUAUUUAAAGGGUAUUUUGAUUGCAUUUUGUAAAUAAAUGAUAAGCGUAAACCUGAACGGCACCGCUUGAUAAGUUAUUGCCAAUUAUAAACAAAACGCAAUUGUUCUGUAAACAUGAAAUAACGCUGAUUAUAUUCUCAAAUAAUAAUGAGAUCAAAAGGCAAUGAAUACAUGCAUGAGGGAUGUAACUUUGCGCACUACCCUCUCUAUGUUGACAUAUUACCUUAAGGAGGCUUUAAGCAAUAUAACGAAAAAUAAACCGAAACAUAAAUUCAAUUUUGUUAUUUAUUUUAUAGUUUAAAUUAAAUUAUCGUUUUAUUAAAUGAUUCAUUCUCGCACGCUGGGUGGUUUUGAACGACGCCAAAUAAACUGGACUUGAUGAACCGUUUGCAGCCGCCUACAGGUCACAUCUUUUAAACCAAUAAGUACUUACAAAGCUUACAUAUGCACGCUUGAGAAAUAAAUUGAGCUAUUAAGCUAUAUACAAUAAUUUUUUUAUACUAGUAUAUACCAUUUAUUUGCACAACGCUCGGCUCUCAGACAAAUCUGUGAAAUUUCACAGUUGAAACUCAUAAUCUGAAAAUUGCGUAUACUAAAGUACGCUCUCACGUACAUACGUAAUUAGAUUAGAGUGCACCUUAUUUGAAUGAAUUUUUUUAUUACAAAUUUGCACUCAAUUUAAAAUCUUCGAAAGUUAUGCUGACGCUAGUUAGAUCGCUAAAAUGUGGAUCUGAACAUUUGAUGGAUUUGAAAUAGAUAUAAUAAAUAUAUGCGAACCAUACAUUGUUAAGAAAAAAGUGAUUUGUAGAUUUUGGACUUACGUAGAUCCAAAGAAAUACUUGUGAAUUCAUCUUAGAUAAGCGUGUAUGGUAAAUCGCAUAGAAAACUGACAAGAGACUUUUUUCUUUUUGUAGAAACAGCAAUUAACAUACAUAAAACAUUUGAAGUCGUUGGAGCGGCUUUAGAGAUUAGUUCAAACGGUCACGUUAACAUACUGGUAUUAUAUAUUAAUCACCUUCAUACAGUACAUAAUCCAAACAAUAAUUUUGGAAUAAUUUUUUACCUUAAUAGCAACAACACCGUAUUAAUAGAAUUCUUUCGGAGCUCCCUAAUAAGUAGGAAUAUACUAAUUAUGUAAAAGUUGCACUCAAAACACGCAGUUGUUGGGCAGUCUGAAGCUCUUUUAUAUCUCUACAGCCAGUAGUUUAAUGUUUAUAUGACUACUGAAUAAUUUUUUCGAGCAUUCCAGCUAAACUUUUUCGACUUGGAGUUUUUUGUAAUCAGGAGUUUGAAUUAUGCUGAGAUAAUAAAAAUGCAGCAGUAAAUGUAAUUUUGUUUAUACUUUUGAUCUCAAACCCUUAAUCAAAUUAAAACGCUUCAGCAAAUAAUUAGCGGGAACUUAAACUGACACAUAAAGCAGCGAGUGAGCGCAUAUUUAGUAUUUCACAGCUAAACUUAUAUAUUCUGCACCAAAAAGCGUAAGAUUAUUUAAUAUCCGGCGGCCUUAUUCUUCUUACUCGUCAACAGCCCAGAGAAAAUGAGAGCCAAUUUCUUUUUUUAAUCGAGUAUAGGCGGCCCCUUUGAGCUGCUUUUACUACGAUCCCGCGCACCACAUUAAAUUCUUCAUUCAAAAUUUAGUGGCUAGCUCGAACGGCCGAAUAUAGCUCAGCUUCUAGCAGCCUUAAUUUGAACUUCAUGUCUUCUCAGACAAAUUUCGGCCGUAGUCAAAUUCUAAACGUCGGCUCUUACGGUUGAACAGCGCAGCAGUCGGAAAGCCUUGUGUCACACUAAAAUAAUCGAAACGAAACGACGCUUUAGACACAAGCGCACUUUCAUUCAGAUUAUUUGCAUUAGAACAUUUACAAUGUCAGUCAAAUUAAUUUGCCUUCUAGCGAUUUUUACACUGUGUGCGACUGUUGUGAUCACGGAGGCACGAGGUGGUGGCCGCGGACGUGGCGGUUCAUUAGGCUCCACCUUUUACAGGCGCUCGCACAAGAAGCAUACCUCCUCAGGUAAUGGUGGCUCGCGACGGAAAAUUCUCAGCAGCUCGCCAGUGCACACCAUUUACACGAACUCUAUGUUUGCCGCUGAAGGCGUGAAUGAACAGUUUGCAAAGCAUCGAUCGCGCCACCGUAGUAAGCAUCACAAAAGCACGAGCACCCACAAAAGUCCAACGCACACGGACUCACACGUCAAUCACAACAGUCACAGCACUUCUGGCAAACAGAGUCGGCACAACACGCACAAUUGGCAUAGCUUAGGUACAGGCGUCUCGCAACACCAUACUUAUGCUGCCAAUCCUCAUAUAUCCCACAACUGGGGUGGCCAUCAAUUGGCACCUGGUCAUGUCUACGUUACACAACCGUCCAGCAUUCCGGUCAAUGCCGUGUACUAUGCACAGCCACCGAGACACACCAAUACGGAUGAUUCAACAGCUUUUGAUUUAGGUUAUCUUGUGGGCCGAACUAUUGUACGCCGUCGUCACCACCACCACUAUGAACAACAGCCACAACAGCAGCCCAACAAUCAGACGCAAACGUCAAUUACUACCGUGGCCAACCAUAUGAAUCCAACAGUUGUAGCCCAUCCCACAGAGCAGCCGCACUAUUGGCCCACUGACUCUGAAAUAGCUCUGGCACCGCUCAAUAAUACACUGAUCCCAAAUGGCGUAACAUCCUCCGAGCCUAUAUUUAAAAAUCCUCCCAUCGUCAGCGCUCAGAAGCUUACCGCAGAUAACGCAAUAUUCGAACUUCCAACAGUCACAGCACCACCGCCUGCAACACCGCCCACCAAUGGCAUUAUCUGUAUGCCAUGGAGCUUUAAUGAAACCGAUCCGGCGAAACCGGAAAAUGUUAUUGUUGUGCAGAAAACAAUUUGCUUCCCAGCUCCACCAGCGCCACCUGCACCACCGACCACUUCCAUGGGACCGAUCGCGGGUGAUAUUAGUGUUGAUGUAUCGACAACCACCAAAGCUGCCUUAACUUAAACAUUUGGUUUUUGGUUUUAGCAAAUAGCGUACUCGUAUAUAUAAUCAAUAGUCGUAUCUAUGGUCCUCUUUGUAAAUUUUUGAUUGCCAACAUUUUUCAAUUUUAUUGGGAAUAAUAAAAGGAGAUUUUUUAAUACUACACUUAUAUUUCACUGAAACUUUAAAUGAAAUAAAUAAAACCGUUUUCAAAAA